AUGGGUGCAUCUGCUUCAGGAACCAUCAUUUUGAUAAUCUCUGUUAUCAUCAUCUCCAUCUACUCUACGAGAAAAAACAUAUCAAACAAAGACAAAAUUGAAGAAAGUAUAAGAAGUUAUUCCACACAAACGCCCAAACGAUAUAGUUAUUCAAAACUGAAGAAAAUCACUAACUCCUUCAAGAACAAACUUGGUCAAGGAGGAUUUAGCACUGUCUAUAGAGGAAAGCUACCUGAUGAACGCGACGUGGCUGUGAAACUUUUGAAUCAGAUUAGUGAAAAUGGCCAAGAUUUCAUGAAUGAAGUUAACAUCACCAGAACUUCGCAUGUAAAUAUAGUCUCACUGCUAGGUUUUUGCUACAAGAGGAAGAAAAGAGCUUUAAUUUAUGAAUAUAUGCCUAGAGGGUCAUUAGAUAAGUUUAUAUCCCACAAAGGGCCAAAAAGAAACAACAUUGAAUUGGAUUGGAACACACUUUAUAGGAUUGUUAUCGGUGUAGCACGAGGCUUAGAGUACUUACAUCGUGGUUGCAACACAAGGAUUUUGCAUUUUGACAUCAAACCACACAACAUUCUUUUGAACGAUAACUUUUGUCCCAAGAUCUCAGAUUUUGGGCUUGCGAAGCAAUGCAAGUCCAAAGAAAGUCAUGUGUCGAUGACAGGCGUAAAAGGGACGGUAGGAUUCAUUCCACCCGAAGUAAUAUUUAGGAACUUUGGUAAGGUUUCUCACAAGUACAAUGUUUAUAGCUAUGGGAUGUUGGUUCUUGAAAUGGUGGGUGCAAGAAAGAAUCCCAAUGAUGGAGUCGACCAGAGGAGUGAAGAGUAUUUUCCUGAUUGGAUAUACAAGGAUCUUACCCAAAAUGAAAUAGAUGGAGGUCGUUGGUGGGGCAUCACUAAGGAAGAUGAAGAUAUGGCAAGAAAAAUGAUAAUUGUGGGGUUGCAUUGUAUUCAGACAUCGCCCGAUGACAGGCCGUCAAUGACCGAUGUGGUUGCAAUGUUGGAAGGCAGUGUUGAAGGCUUACAGAUUCCACCAAAACCCUACUUGUUCGGACGUCCAGUCAUUGAGCGGCCCCAAUCUUCUUCUUCUUCUUCUUCUUCUUCUUCUUCAUCCAACUGAAUUUCUAAUGAUAGUUUGAUAUUCUAACCGAGUUGCAGAACAACAAUCAUAUUUUCCCUUGAAGGAAGACUCAGAUUUCAUGUCCUUUAUCCUUUUGAGUAAUACAAACUUGUAUAUGAUUUGAUGACAAUCACAAAACUAUAAAGUGGAGGAAAAUUUCACCUGAAAUUUUGUUUUAAACUACGCAUUUGAUGAAUAUUUAACAGUCUGUGGUACUGUUUACAAUUAGGGUACUUGGUUUACUUUUACAUAUCCUCCUUCUAGGAAAAUGAGAGGGAGAAGUGUUGUGAGCUGUAAGAACCUGAGUAGGAGAUGAUAAUCAUAUACAAAUCUACAUUUAAAAUUAAUUCGUUGGCAAUAUAACCUGAAAAUUAACUAGUUAAAUCAUAGAAUAAACCGUCAAGAUCAUACCUCUACAAUUUUUGUCACAAAAAUAAAAUCAAAACAUUUCUAAAGAAAAAUUGCAAAACCUGAUGAGCUUCCAUGGCAGACAAGGUUGAAGAUUGGCAUAGAGACAGCAAGUGCUCUGGCCUUUGUUCAUGCUUCUGAGACCAUCUACCGUGACAUUAAAACCACCGACAUUCUUCUUGACAACAACUAUGGUGUUAAAAGUCUCCGAUCUCGGACUAUCUCGCCUUUUUCCUACGCAGGCCACCCGUGUUUCAACUGAUCCACAAGAAACUC